AUAACUGAAAGAAAAGGGAAUGGGAUAUGGGAUUAGGAACCCCCAAAUCUGAAUUCUGAAAUCAAUCCCCCCCAAAUCAACAUUGUUGUCUUGACGCCCCAGAAACUCCUCCAAAGUACAGACAGAAUCAAACCCCCAUCUGCUUUCCUCUUUAAUUUUCCCUUCUCCCGCCAAUCCACACGCAUGAAAACUCUGUGAUUUUUUUUUUCAAAUCAAAUUAUCUCAUAAUCUCGACACAGAGAAUAACCGAAACCGUUUUCCCCCCUUUCAGUUCGUUUCACUUGUCGGUUCGGUUCAACUCUGGUCAAUGGCCAUGGCGGUCUCCCAGACCUCUACUUCCAAACCCAUAGUUUCUACCAACAGCGAGGUCAAGAAGAAGGUGGCACGGUGGGCCGGUGACCAGCAACAGCAAGAGCAACUAUCAUAUCCUCAACCUCCCUCUUCUUCACCGUCGAAGCGCACGAAAUCCCCUGGCGUUCGUCUCCUCCACGGUCGACUUUACGAUUCCGAGAACGGGAAGUCUUGUCACCAGUGUCGGCAGAAGACUAUGGACUUCGUGGCCUCUUGCAAGAAUAAAAGAGAGAACAAGCCGUGCACCAUUAAGUUCUGUCACAAAUGCCUCUUGAACAGAUAUGGAGAGAAGGCAGAAGAGAUGGAGGUGUUGGAUGAAUGGAAGUGUCCCAAGUGCAGAGGCAUUUGCAACUGCAGUUUCUGCAUGAAGAAAAGGGGCCACCAACCUACUGGGAUCCUUGUGCACACAGCCAAGGCAACCGGGUUUUCUUCUGUUUCGGAAAUGCUGAAAGUGAAAGGCCCUGAAAACUUGGUCUCUGAGAAGAUCCUUAAAAAUGUGGUUGCCUCUCCAAAGAAGCAGGACGCUGCAAACAAGGAAACUGAUGUAACUUCACCAAAAAAUGUGGGGAAGGAAAAUAAUUUUGUUGGAAAAUUUGAUUUGAACUUGCAACCUACCCCUUUGACAUCAGAUGGUAAUGAAAAGGAAAUAGGGAAAAACAAACGAAAAAAUAUGUCACAGAAUGACAGCAGUGACAAUAUGCAUGAUGAAGUCAGGGAUGAUGUUGCUCCUGCUGAAGAGAAGAUCAGUAAGAAAUCUCGAGUUUCCAAGGAAGUAUCUAUCACUCCAAUCAAGAUAGAAGGAAAAACUGGAAGUGAUAGUGAAGAAAAUCAGUUGCAUGAGAAAAAGAAUUUUCAAGUGCUGAAGUGUUAUCAGGGCCCUCCACAACCUGUUGUGAAGGAAGAGAAGACAGAUAAAAGAGAUGUUUCAUUGCCAGUUUGCAAUAAGACGGAAAUUGCAAAUGUUGGAAUUGCUGAUAAUGUAAGAAUUAAGCCUAAGAUGCUACCUGAAUCUCGAAAACUCAAGAAUAAAGCUAAAAUAUUCCACAAAGAUGAUGCUGAUGCUGAUGCUGAUAUCCCAUUGCCUAAUGGUGUUGAUGUGACAACUGUAGCUGGCAUUGAUCUGCCUCCUGAGGAUGUUGGACAUGCUUUGCAGUUUCUAGAAUUCUGUGCAGCUUUUGAACAGGUUCUUGAUCUGAAGAAAGGGCAGGCUGAGUCUAUUCUUCGAGAACUAAUGCGUGGGCGCAGUGGGCGUGGAGGAAUGUACUCUUCAAUUGUUCGGUUUCACAUCCAAUUGCUCUCUUUGAUACUUAAAGAUGCAGGAGAAGAGUCCCUCUUAAGUCCAACAAGUAGUGGAGAUUCUUGGUUGAAAGCUCUUGCUAAAUGCAUUUCUGAUUCCCAGUGUGCAUUGAAGUGUUUCCCUUCAGAUUGUUUUGACAGAGGUGGUGAUGGAUAUGAUAAGUUAGAUGCCUCGGAAAAGUUGAGAGUAUUGAAUUUUCUAUGCGAUGAAGUUCUUGAAACUGUAGAAGUAAGGAGUUGGAUUGAUGAACAAAAUUCAAAAUUUAUUGAAAGCGAGAAGGAAGCAAAGGAGAAAGUUAUUGCUGCCAAGAAUAAGGAGAAAGGCAUGAAGCAAAAGUUACGGGAUGAGAUAACAAAAGCUAUUCUCUUGAAAAAUGGUGCUCCUAUUUCUAUUUCUGAGCAUGAUGAUAUUGUUGCAAAUAUGAGAAUUGAAGUAGCGAAAGCUCAUUCUGAGACACUGGAAGCAAUGAAGAUGGUAUCCAAUAAGAAACAAAUACCAGAUGCUGUUAGGACACAGCCUAUUUUUUGGAAUGAAAAAGGUCAUGUGCUUUGGAGAUUAAAAGGCUAUUCUGAUGAACCGAACCUUUUACUACAAGAUAUUGGAAACCUGGAUUCUGCUGCACUUAAAGAAAAGUGGCUUGCUUAUGAUGAUGAACAGAUGAAAGUGGUUGAAAAAUAUAUUUCUGUAAGAUGCAAAAGGCUUAGGACAAAGACGAGUUCUAAUGUAUUUCCACCUGGCAGUGGUGAAGCCGAGCCAAAGCAUGAGAUUUUAGAUGAUUCACCAUCUCUUGUAGUUGCAGCAGACAGUGAAGAGGUAUAAAGGACAUGACGAAUGGUGUAUGCUUCUACUGUUACAUUUUUCUAACCAACUUGCCUUGCAAAAAGUUGACCUCCCAAUUUUUUAUAUGUAAAUAUGGAUGUUGGCACACGAUACUAAGCUGUAUAACUGAAGAUCAAAUUGGUGGGUUUUCAGAUCACUUGGUGCUUUGGGCUUCAUUCAGAAUAUUGUCCUAAUUGAAUCAAAUUUUUCAUUUUUUUUGGUGGAAAAACAAAUUCCAAUUCAAAUGCAAAUUAGAUUCUUGUUCCUCUUUCAUGCUGUAAUAACUUUUGUACUUCAAUGCUCAAUUUGUUUGCAGUGCAAACUUCAUUCA